AUGUCAGAUGAUUCGAUAGAUCGUGUAUUCGAGAAAGCAAUUGUUACUAUUCAAACACUUUCCACUCAGAGAAGUUACCAUUCGUUACCAAAACCACCAGCAAAUAUCAGGAUUCAACUCUAUGCCUAUUUCAAACAAGCAACAGAGGGAGAUGUUAAACAUAUAUUGAAUAAACCAGAAGGUAAUCCAACAUCACAAGACUACAAUUUAGCAUUGCGUAAAUGGGAGGCUUGGAAAAGCAAAGAAGGAUUAUCUACAACAGAAGCCAAAACAGCAUACAUUGAGCUAUUGAUACAUACCAUGAAGACCUAUGCAAUGGGGACAAUAGUGGCACGAGAACUUUUAUCAGAACUUGAGUAUAUGUGGUGGCAGGUAUCUCAUUUCAAUACUUUUGAAGGUCCUGAAGGCACAGAUGAAUUCGAAGAUGCAAGUAAUAGCGUACUAAUGCUAACUAAUGAUAGUGUCAGCAAAUCUAAAGACUCAGAUAAUGAAUCAGAGAAGAUACGAAAGGAAGUUUACGAAACGCUUAUAACGCUCCGUCGAUUCUCCAUCCAGGACAGUUCAAAAAAUAAUCCAAUAGAUCGCCCCAGUCAAUCGGACUCUAAUAUCUUUAAAUUAAUAUGGGUUAAAAUAAAAACGCCAGUAAAAUUGAUACUCAUCUACAGCAAGAAAACAGCAGGUUUCGUUGGAAAACAUAUAUUGUCUUAUUCAGUACUAAGUUUUAUCCUUUUACUAAUUUUAAAACACUUGAACGUAUCGGUUGACCUAAGACUGGACAAGAGGAAUCAGUCUAGCGACUCUUCUAGGAUUGAAAGAACAUUACUUUUCAUAAAUCAGUUAUGCAGUAUAAAUAGAAUAUAUCUACAGAUAUGCUGA